AUUAUAGUAAUAAUUGUACUCUAUUAUCAAUUUGUUAUUGUAUGCCUCGGCUGAUUCCUGGACGAGGGUUCACACACAUGGAAGCGUUUGGAAUUUUGGAUAGAAAUUCCGGGCGUGACAAGCCUAGCGUGACAAUAUACGGGAACGACCGUACACGGAAAUCUAUCCAGCCUUUCUACGGAUGUUAUGAUCCCCUCUCGUACCCUCUGUUCUUCCCUAGAGGAGAGAGUGGUUGGCAUCAAGGCCUUCCAAAGGACAAAAUAACCAUGGAGGAUGCAAACGCGCGGAAUGGCGAUGAUCCUGAUUGUAACAGCAGGAUACAAGUCUCUAUAAGGGACUACUACUGCUAUAAAUUCCAGAUGCGUCGUGGAAUUUUCAAUCCUAUACUUCACGGCGGACGCCUGUUCCAGCAGUUUGCCGUUGACAUGUACAUCAAGGUUGAGAGCUCUCGUCUAGACUAUGUGAGGAACAACCAGAAGGAGAUAAGGGCGGACCUGUAUCAAGGGUUGAUGGAUAGCAUCCAAGCUGGGGAGAGUCGAGCAAGCGCGGUCGGCAAAAGAACUGUGUUGCCAGCGUCGUUCAUCGGUGGUGGCCGAAAUAUGAAGCGUCGAUACAUGGAUGCCAUGGCCUUAGUACAGAAGUACGGGAAGCCAAAUGUAUUCCUUACAAUGACUAGCAACCCCAAGUGGGAUGAGAUUACUCGUGAGCUUGAUCCUGGCCAGACACCACAAGAUCGUCCUGAUCUCGUGGUCCGUGUCUUUCGAGCCAAGUUAGAGGACCUAAAGAAGCAGCUGUUCGAGAAGCACAUCCUUGGCAAAGUCAUUGCACACGUAUAUGUUGUUGAGUUCCAGAAGAGGGGUCUGCCGCACGCACACUUUUUGCUGAUCAUGAGUGGUCGAUACAAGCUAACGUCUGCGGAGCAAUAUGACCGCAUCGUCUCAGCUGAGCUACCGGACAAGAAAAAAUAUCCAGAGCUAUACAAUAUGGUUGUCAAGCAUAUGAUGCAUGGCCCUUGUGGUCGACUCAACGGUAGUUGCCAAUGCAUGCGAGAUGGAAAGUGCAGGAACAACUACCCAUGAGAGUUCAACCCCACAACCUCGCAAGGCAAGGAUUCAUACCCAUUGUAUAGGAGACGUAAUGAUGGUAAGAGUAAGGUGGUUAGAGGACAUCCUCUCGAUAAUAGGUGGGUUGUCCCAUACAAUCCUUAUCUUCUACGGAUGUACAACUGUCACAUGAAUGUCGAGGUUUGCUCGAGCAUCAAGGCUGUAAAGUACCUCUUUAAAUACCUUUACAAGGGACAUGACAAGGCCUCGAUAUCCAUAAACGAGGCAGAUAAAAACGGUGAAAUUGAUGAGAUUCAGCGCUACAGGGAUGUGAGGUGGGUUACCCCUCCAGAAGCCUUGUGGCGUAUAUAUGGUUUUGACAUAUGCCACAUCUCGCCGUCUGUGAGGCAGUUGCAAUUGCAUCUGCCAAACAUGCACAUGUUGGCUUUCGAUGCAGACAAGGAUCUCCGUGAAGUUCUGGAUAAGGAAGACGCGGGAAGAUCGAUGCUUACGGCGUAUUUCGAGGCUAACAGGCAGCAUGUUUGGGCUCGAGAUAUCCUUUAUAGAGAUUUCCCAAUGUGGUUUACUUGGCAGACGCCAGGUAAGUACUGGAAGAAAAGAGAUAGAGGUGGCCAGGUCGGGAGAAUUGUAUGUGCCCACCCAGCAGAGGGGGAGCGCUACUAUCUUCGGGUGCUUCUAAACCACUUGGCAGGAUCCACCUCAUUUGAAGACCUACGUACUGUUGAUGGUGUGCUCAUGCCGUCGUUCCGUGCUGCAGCUGAAAGAAGGGGUCUUAUAGAGGCAGACAACACCCUCGACGAGUGCCUUACGGAAGCCGGUGUCUACUAGAUGCCAGCGUCGCUACGCAGGUUAUUCGCUACCAUAUUGGUGUAUUGCGAACCUACCGAUGUCCAUGCACUUUGGGACAAGCAUCUAGAUUCCAUGUCAGAUGACUACAGGCGUAACAACGCAUGCCCUUAUGCUGUCCAACAGAUGGUGUUGAUAGAAAUCCGGGGUAUGCUACAAUCAAUGGGUAAGGAAAUCUCAUCGUUCCCGCUCCCUGAAAUAGAUGAAUCACAUGAUAGUACUCGAGGAGAUCCCAGAGAGAUUAUUGAGGAGUCUUCCAUUGUUGUGAGAGAGAUGAUAUGGACCUCCUAGACCAGCUCAAUGAUGAGCAAAGGUCUGCAUUCAAUAAAAUCAUGAACACGGUUGGUAGUGCUCAGGGGAGCGUGUCUUCGUAGAUGGCCCAGGAGGCACGGGGAAGACUUUCCUAUAUAGGGCGCUACUAGCUACAGUGUGUGGCAAUGGUGAUAUAGCGGUGGCAACCGCGACGUCGGGUGUUGCAGCUUCUAUAAUGCCUAGAGGCCAUUCGCGGUUCAAGAUCCCCCUCAACAUUGAGGAAGGGUCGUAUUGCAGCUUCACCAAACAAAGUGGGACGGCAAAGCUUCUCCAGAUGGCGUCGCUUAUAAUAUGGGAUGAGGCCUCCAUGACAAAGAGGCAAGCGGUUGAGGCCCUCGAUAUGAGCAUUAGAGAUAUAAUGGGUUGUCCACGUUCUCCGUUUGGAGGGAAGACGAUUGUGUUUGGAGGGGAUUUCAGGCAGGUGCUCCCGGUCAUUAGGAAGGGCACUAGGUCUCAGAUAACAGAUGCCACUCUACGCAGGUCCUAUCUUUGGGAUUGUAAGGUUCAAUUGAAGCUUGUUCGCAAUAUGAGGGCGCAGAGCGAUGCAUGGUUUGCGGACUACCUCCUUCGAGUUGGGAAUGGAACCGAGGAGGUGAACAAGGAAGGACUCAUAGGCCUUCCUUCGGAUAUUUGCGUGUCGUGCAAAGGGAAUGAAACGGACCUAGAAAGGCUCAUCGAUACCGUGUUCCCUAACCUAAACGAUAACCUGACGGACCCAAACUACAUCACAUGUAGGGCCAUAUUGUCCACUAGGAAUGAGUUCGUCGAUCGAAUAAACAUGAAGAUGAUUGAGCGGUUUAGAGGAGAUGUGAUGACAUAUCAUAGUUUUGACCGAGCAGAUGAUGACCCUCAUAACUAUUACCCGCCGGAAUUCUUGAACUCUCUAACUCCAAAUGGGCUACCUCCGCAUGUGCUUAAGCUGAAGAUAAACUGUCCCAUCAUGCUUUUGAGGAACAUUGACCCAGCCAACGGACUUUGCAAUGGGACAAGGCUGGUGGUUCGUCAGUUCGGAAAAAAUGCUAUUGACGCAGAGAUUGUUGUAGGGCAGCAUGCUGGAAAGAGAGUUUUCCUUCCUCGAAUACCUUUAUGUCCUUCUGAUGAUGAGAUGUUCCCGUUUCGCUUCAAGAGGAAGCAAUUUCUGGUUAGAUUGAGCUUUGCAUUGACCAUCAAUAAGGCGCAGGGUCAAACGAUUCCAAAUGCAGGCGUCUACUUACCAGAGCCUGUCUUCUCUCAUGGUCAACUAUAUGUCGCGCUAUCUAGAGCAACCUCUAGAUCAAACAUAAAAAAUACUAUCGAUGCAUGUAGAAGACAAGAAACAAAAGAAAAAGUCUAAGCGUACUGGAGUGAAGGGACAAUGAGAAGAAAGGAAAGGAAUUGUCUAAACAGGGUCCAACAUACACAAAAAAUAUUGUGUAUAGAGAGGUCCUCACAGAUUAGAAAAGGAAUCAACAUUACUUUCUUGGUCUGCCCCUUCUCCUGUUAUGCCUACAUCCACUCCUUCCCCGAGCAGUCCCUCCCGCCGCCUCCUCAUCAUGGCUGAUUCAGAGACCAAAACCGUUGUAGUCGGCUGCUCGCCAAGGAAUUGCAGGUGAUCAGCAAGAGAGUCAAAUCAGUGAUGUCGGAUUGCAUCUUUGGCGAUGGGGUGCUGUGCCUGGAUUAGGAGCAAAACAUUAUUAUGCUCUUGAUCUAUUAUUGUCAGGUUGACAAAGCAAGAUGGACUAUAGGGACCACUAUUAUUUUAACAUUUAGGAUUUGUGGAUUUCUUUCAUUUUUUGUUUUUUCUCUGACCAUUUCUGCACUUUUGUCAAUUCAUAUGCAAGAUGGAUAGACCCAGUGGAAGCAUUGUAGGCGUGUGCAAGAAAUAGUGAAGGGAUGCAUCUAGCACAAAUUUCCUUCCUGAUGAACAUUCAUUGUUAACAGUAGGGACGCUGACGCCGUCGCCGCCUCGCCCCUAACGACAACCGCUGAAGCCGAAGACCACCGAUCCACCUCGAGGACCACCGAAGCCAGCAACACCCGCCUUGCCGAUCUCCUCUGUAGCUGCUGCCGACCGUCGCCGCUGCCCACAUCGCCGAUCUACUCCGCAGACGCCGUUUCAUCUAUACGAAAUUUGACUUAUGAAGCUUAGCAUAUUGUGGUAUUGCCUAUGAUUUUACUUGUAAGGAAUAAAAUAUGCUCCGACAAUAGUGUAUUUAGGCGCCAUUGUUUUGCAGUUGCUGCUGCUUUUCAGCAGAACUAGCCUGAUGCUUAUAAGCAUCAGCAAUUCCAUUGUUUUGCUUAUGGCUGAUUACUGGAUCUUCUAUAAACUGAUGCAUUACCUCUGCUUGCCUGCCUGUGUGUGUGUUGUGUGCUUGUCAGCACUGACUCCAGAUGCGUGCAGUCAGCAUAAAGCUAUUGUGUAGAUACUAGAUACUGGUGUUGGAUUGAGAGGGUUGCAUUUUGAAGUUA